ACUGACCGAGGCAGCACCACCCUGCUCCGGACUCAGCGUCGCACCGACUCGGGGGAGGAUGUUAAACUUCCAGUGGCGUUGGGACUCUCCAAAGUAGCGAAACAUGGCGCGAACUGGACUUUACUCUGUGGUUCUUGCGCUCGCGCUCCUGCAUCUGACGGCUCUGGAGUUAACGGGCGCACAGGGUGAUGAAGGGGAGGACGCCGGCAAGGAGGAGGAGGAGAGGUCGUGUCACGGGGCUUUUGACCUGUACUUCGUGUUGGACAAGUCUGGGAGUGUGAAGAACCACUGGCAUGAGAUCUACUCAUUUGUGGAACACCUGGCCAACAAGUUCAUCAGCCCCAUGUUACGCAUGUCUUUCAUCGUCUUCUCCACUCAAGGAAACACUAUCAUGAGGCUCACAGACAACCGUGAUGACAUCACCACUGGUCUGUCUUUGCUGAGGAGGGUUGUACCUGGAGGAGACACCUUCAUGAACCUCGGCCUGCGCAAGGCCAACGAACAGAUCUACCAUGGCAACUACGAGACUGCCAGUGUUGUCAUCGCUUUGACAGACGGAGAACUCAACCCAUACCAGUUCAUCAGCGCACAACAAGAGGCCAAUAGAGCAAGGUCACUUGGAGCCAUUGUUUAUUGUGUGGGAGUGAAGGACUUCAACCAAACACAGCUAGCCAUGAUUGCGGACACUGUGGGCCAUGUGUUUCCUGUGGUGGGCGGGUUCACGGCCCUCAGGGGGAUGAUUGAUUCGGUGAUUGAUAAGUCCUGCAUUGAGAUCUUGGCAGCUGAACCCUCGAGUGUGUGUGCAGGAGAGUCGUUUCAGGUGGUUGUGAGGGGCAAUGGCUUCCUGCAGGCUCGCAGUCUGGAACAGGUCUUAUGCAGCUUCAAGAUCAACGACUCCUCAUCUCUCAAUGAGAGGCCAGUUACUAUUGAAGAGACCAUGCUUUUGUGUCCAGCACCAGUCAUCGAUGAAGUUGGAAAGGUGAUAUAUCUUCAGGUCAGUAUGAACGAAGGACUCUCCUACAUCACCAGCUCAGUGCACAUCACCACCACAGAGUGUUUUGACGGCACCAUCCUGCUGAUCUCUGUGUCUGUCCUGAGUGGCCUGGUGGCCCUGCUGCUGCUGUGGUGGUUCUGGCCCCUCUGCUGCACACUGGUCAUCAAAGAGCCUCCACCACCCCCUCCACCUGAACCUGAGUCUGAUGAUGAGGAUGGGCUUCCAAAGAAGAAAUGGCCGACAGUAGACACCUCCUAUUACGGAGGGCGGGGAGUUGGAGGCAUCAAACGCAUGCAGGUGCGUUGGGGUGAGAGGGGUUCUACUGAGGAGGGUGCUAAGCUGGAGAAGCCUGCUAACGCCGUGGUCAAGGUUCCGGAACAGGAAUACGAACCCCCAGAGCCCCGCCCACCCCGCUCACAUAGGUCACGCCCACAUCGUCAGAACCACUGGUACUCACCCAUACAGGGGAAGCUGGAUGCCUUGUUGUCUUUGUUCCGGCGCGGAUACGACCAGGUGUCACUCAUGAGACCCCAACCAGGAGAUGAGGGGCGCUGUAUGAACUUCACGCGUGUGAAACAGGAAGCAGCGUCGCCGUCUCCUCCCAGAAGCUCCGCCCCUCCUGCAGUGGCCCCGCCUCCCGCUGACCAGCUGCCUCUCAUGACACGCACGCCCUCACGUCAGCCCUCCCUAAAAACCCCGCGUGCAGACACACACAUACCCGCAACCGCUCCAAAGACACCCUCGCACCCUACCAUACCCCCUCCCGCACCCCCUCUGAAGACCCCAUCACACACUCAACCCAACACACCCCCACGCCGGGCUCCUCCUGGACCCCCUCCCUCCAGAGCCCCACCCGGACCACCGCCCUCACGACCACCACCCUGCCUACAGAUGCUGUAGCCAUGGCAAUCAACAUGGGGUGGGGUCAUCAG